GUCUCUAUUUGAUGGGAGUGGGUUUUUUGUGCGAUGAGGAUUUUGAUUUUGCUCGGAUUUUGGGGUUUCGUUUGCUUUAGGCGGUUUUCCUGCAGAUUCAUUGAGUCUUGGCGGCGAGAAGGGGAACAUACACAGAGGGAUGAUGGAGGCGAUGACUGGGUUUCUGGUCAUGGAAGAUUUCGAUCUGGUGGUGGAAGUGGUGGGGCUGGAGGAGAAGGCGUGGUGUAUUGUAGCUUACCGAUCUGUUUUGCUUUGGACGGAGAAGCGGCAUGGCUAUCUUGCCCUGUCAACGAUGGGUGAGGAGGAAGAGGUUUGGUUGGCUUCGGGAGGAAUUGGGAAUUGUUU